AUAUACAAACUUUUUUUUUUUAGUUUAGUUAAUUAAAAUAAAAACGAAGAUUAAAUAAUAUGUGCGAAUGUGUGUACUCUGGCGUGCUAGUGUGUGUGAGUAUGUUCAGAAUAGAUAUGCGUAACAAAAAUCCAAUAAAAAAAUUAGAACACAUGUAAAUUUCAUUUGCACUCGUGUAUAACCGCGUUAAUAUUAACAUAGCUAUAAUUUAAUAAAAAAAAAAGGUAUAUGUCGAUAAAAAAAUAUAUAUGUGUAAAUUAAUUUAAACUGAUAUACCAAACAAAUUUGCCAAACACAUAAUGAAUUCCCUUGACGACCGCGACAACUAACAAUAAUUAACAAUUAGCAAGAAGGACGUACCCAAAAGGCCACAACUAAUGUGUCACUAACCGUUAAGCAUAACGAGUUUUUUUUAAUUCUAACAACAACGCCAGCUCAAGAAUGUACAGUAUGAAAUAACGUAAUUUUUUACAUGCCAUAUUAUACUUCACUUUACUGGUCGAGUUCGAGUUCUAUUGAGCUGUCCUAUUAAAUAAUUGGUAACAGGUGAAAAUUUUGUCAUCUAACUGAAUAGCAGCAAAGCAACGGUAAACCAGAAACAGAAACAGCAACAACAACUUUAACACAGCUUUUUACACAAUAAAAAUUCAGUUCCAAACUCGGUGACGUAGUCAAAUUAAAAUGAAUGCGAGUCUCAUGUAUGAAAUUCUCAUGUACUUAAAUUCAUUUUAUUUUGGUAUGUAUGCCGCCUUUGAGAUUGGUGUCGGCGUGUUGAAGGGAGUUAACUUGCAUUACGAUGAAAACAUAUUUUUAAAGGAAGCAGGUAUAUUGCUAACAUUAUGCGUUGUGGAGACAAUUCGAGUUGUGUUGGGACGCAAGUGUAGCCUGAAUGAUCGUGGUUGGCAAGCAAUAGCAUCCGUAAUAUUAACACUGCCCAGUCUUGCUAUUGUUAUAUAUUUAUGUUGUUUUCAAUCCUUCGUUCUAAAGCUCGAAAUAAUUCUGAGUGCCUUAAUGAUAGCCCUACAAGUGGCUGAACUAAUCUAUGCGUGUAUAUUCAUUUGUACUAUGUGUCGACCGGUAACGUAUACCUAGCAGUUGAUUAUGAACCAUCGAAAUCAGCUAAAGUGCACCAAAUUUUUCAUAUACUGAUGUAGUUUGUAAAUAUUACUAUAUAAACAAAUGCGAGCUCACUUGUAUAUAACAGAAAAUUUAUAAAAAAAAUAAACAAUAAUUAUAAUACGAAAAGAAAAUAAUAGUCAUACAACAAAAAUCCUAAACAGAAGAAAUGAUAAUGUCUAAGUUGCGAAAACGAUUGAACUUAAUUUACAAAAAUUCCGUAUGAAUUGCGAUGAAAUAUUUAGGUUCUGGAAUCAUUCUUUUGUUUAAAUAAAAGUUAUUACAA